AAAGAAAACAAUCUUAGCGUCGCUUUAAAGAUAUCAAAAAAAGUCUAUCCACUCCAACAAUCUGACAAUGAAGUUUUCCACCGUCCUUCUUACUCUUGGUGCGGCCUCUGGAGCAUUUGCCUAUGGCUGCACUGAAGGUCUUAUCUACUGUGGCACCUCAUUGAUCAAAAAAGGAGAUUAUUAUGAAGACAUUGUGGCGUCUCUUGAAAGGUCAGAUCAACCGACAACCAGUGAUUUCAUUCUUUACUCGCGCUUCAUCUGCACUGCCGAUGAAGACUUCCUGGUUUGGGUUGACAAGUGUGCCGACGGAGCAUGCAAGGAUAAUGGCUCAGGACAUGAUGAUACCUGUGGAUAUUAGGGCCACGAAGGAUGCAGGGCUACCAUGUCAUCGCUGCGAUAUUAUGGGAUUAUGGAAGUUCUCGUUAUAAGCCGUUUGGCAUGUGCGUGUCACAGUCUUACUAUAGGUUUUGUCCCAAUCAUCAUAGGUUUCCCUAUAGUUUCGUGCAAAUGCAAAG